AAUUUUUUGCGCGGCAGCGAAAUAAUGUCAAAGGGUUGUAUAAAGUGCAUACGUUUCCCCCCUUUCACAAUGGGAAACUCAAUCGUCAGCUUGCGGCUGCUUGCUCAGCUUUUGAGUCAUCCUCAAUCGUUAAUCUCCGUUACCACACACACACGCGUGUCCCAAGGGUCUUCAUUUGCAUAUUCACCUUUGCGCAGGUUCCAUACAUAAGAAGCCAAUAGGAGCUUUUCCAUCCCAUCCCAACCCAUUGCCCUCACAACCAACUUAACCUUCAUACCUAACUACUACCUUGCUUUCUCUCAAACGAUGAGACUUCGACCCCUAAGACAACCGCAGUGGGAAGUCACCGAUCUCAAAGAAGUCGCCCCUACGCCGAUCUACUAUGACUCCGAGGCAGAUGAACUUCAAAUAUUUAGUGUCGCUCCUCGUGAGGUCACCGGAACGUAUAUGUUCGACGGUAUAUCGUCGAAAACGUUCAAGUACUCCGACGCCUUGACUCAUUCACGCACCAAACUCAUGGAGGAGAUCUCCAAGGAUGGAUACAAUUUCCUCCUCAUGGAAGGGUGGUCGAUAACAACGAUGCGCAAAUCGAAAGUUGAGAGGAUAGAAGUUCGAUAUCAUGCACAACCGGCAGUUGCUAGAGGGUGGCAACGUCCACGGACGCCUCCUUAUCUCCAACUACUUGAAAGUCAUUGAAAGCAGGCUAUCGUGUUACUUCCCUCCCUUACAUCUUCCCCCUUCCACCUCUCUUCUCUCCCGCAGCAGUCCGGACGGGCAGUAUCCGCGUCAUGCCAUCGGCGAUUUUUGUUCUU